CGGAUGCCGCGCGACGAUCCGGGAACUUGAUCUUUGGAAUGCGCUUGAGAAUUUGCUGCCCGGCCAUCCUUUCUUUCUCGUCAAAAACCCAAAUCUUUGCUUUAGGGCUACCAAGAACCCUAGCUAUGGACGACGCGCGGGCGCUUGUUACGUCGCUCAGAUCCGCGUACACCGCCACUCCGACGAAGCUCAAGCUGAUCGAUCUCUAUGUCGCCUAUGCCGUGAUCACAGCGAUUGUCCAGACCUUGUUCAUGGCUGUGGUUGGAUCUUUUCCUUUCAAUGCAUUUCUCUCGGGGGUUUUGUCCUGCGUAGGAACGGCUGUUCUGGCUGUUUGCUUAAGGAUGCAAGUAAACAAAGCCAACAAAGAAUUCAAGGAUCUUCCACCGGAGAGGGCCUUCGCUGAUUUCGUCCUGUGCAAUCUGGUCCUUCACCUGGUAAUCAUGAAUUUCCUAGGAUGAGAGAAACUCUUCCUUCGUGCUCGUUUCUUACAAAGACAACGAAGAACUUUGACGGAUUUUUGUCCAUGAAUUAAACCUUAGAGAGCUCGCACCUCUCACCUCUUGUGGA